CUUUGCUGAGCACCUCCUGCCCCCGAGGGCUGGGGCUAUUGCAGCUGCAGGGGUGGGCCAGCUUUUAUCUUCCUCACCCCUAUGGAAAAGGGCGUGCGGGUGCCUCCCUGGAUGCCCGGAGGGCUUGGGGCCAGACGCCGAAGGAGCCAAGAGGUGCUUCAGGGCUCUGACUUAUCUCAGGGCCUGAGCUGCCCGAAGUGGGUGCUGGUAUGAGCAGCCUGUUUUGGUGUGGUUUCUGUUCUGACUGGGGCAGGAGGGCGGGGAAAUGCCUGCUUAGACGGGACUGACACACAGAUCUGGGGGCGAGAAGACCUUUGCGGUGGGGCGCUGCAGUGGAGGGGUUUGCUCAGCAUCCGCUGCGUGACCCUGCCCGGCACCGGGCUGAAUAUUUGCAGCUCUGUCCGUGGGAAAGCAGGCAGGGGAGCACCUCUGGCUUCGAGAUUUGAUCAGGAGAGAUGGAGAGAGCAACUGGGCCAUGUCUCCUGCCACCCUUGCAGACACCCGUCUUGCUGCGGCUGCUUUCCUCCCUCGCUCGCUGCAGCUCCUCUCCGUGAGCCCGAGGGUUGCGCUCAGCCCAAAUUUCUUCUCAAGCCUCCAGAUGGCUGAAUUGCAGGCGUUCUGCACAGGUGGAGCGACCCGUGCCGUAGCCAAGAUGUGGCCGUCCGUGUCCAUCCUGUGCAUCCUGGUGGCCUUGGCCAAUGCCCGCAGCAUUCCUUACUACCCACCGCUCUCCAGCGACCUGGUCAACCACAUCAACAAGCUCAAUACCACCUGGAAGGCAGGACACAACUUCCACAACACUGAUAUGAGCUACGUGAAGAAGCUCUGUGGCACCUUCCUAGGUGGGCCUAAGCUCCCUGAGAGGGUUGAUUUUGCUGCAGAUCUGGACUUGCCAGAUAACUUCGACUCACGGAAGCAGUGGCCCAACUGUCCCACCAUCAGCGAGAUAAGAGACCAGGGCUCCUGUGGCUCUUGCUGGGCCUUUGGUGCUGUAGAAGCCAUUUCAGACAGGAUCUGUGUCCACACAAAUGCCAAGGUGAGCGUGGAGGUGUCGGCAGAGGACUUGCUGUCGUGCUGCGGCUUCGAGUGUGGCAUGGGGUGCAAUGGUGGUUACCCCUCCGGUGCGUGGAGGUACUGGACAGAGCGGGGCCUCGUGUCUGGGGGCCUCUACGACUCCCACGUGGGCUGCCGUCCCUACUCCAUCCCACCCUGUGAGCACCACGUCAAUGGCUCCCGGCCACCGUGCACUGGGGAGGGAGGAGAAACCCCCAGGUGCAGCCGGCACUGCGAGCCUGGCUACUCGCCCUCGUACAAGGAGGACAAGCACUAUGGCAUCACAUCCUAUGGCGUCCCUCACAGUGAGAAGGAAAUCAUGGCUGAGAUCUACAAGAACGGACCGGUGGAAGGAGCCUUUAUUGUCUACGAGGACUUCCUGAUGUACAAGUCUGGGGUGUACCAGCACGUGUCCGGGGAGCAGGUCGGAGGCCACGCGAUCCGGAUCCUGGGCUGGGGGGUUGAAAACGGGACCCCCUACUGGCUGGCUGCUAACUCCUGGAACACCGACUGGGGGGAUAACGGCUUCUUCAAAAUCCUCCGAGGAGAGGACCACUGCGGCAUCGAGUCCGAAAUCGUGGCCGGCAUCCCCCGGACGGAGCAAUACUGGAAGAGGGUGUAACUGGCCUCGUGCAUCACUGCUGAGUUGAUCAAACCACAAAUAAUCCCGAGUCCCCGAUGCUUUUAACCGAUAGCGGGUUGGGCGCAGAGCCCCCACUCUAAGAGACGAUAGUUGAGGUUACUUUAUUAAAGCUUUUUAUCUUUUUGUUUUGUUUUUUUUUUAUUUUUUAGUUGUAUGAUGGAGCUGGAGGUGGCAGGUCCUGUACUGGUGCCAGCUGCCGUCUGCAAGCCCUCUGCUCCUGGUGGGUCGCAGCCGGGGGCACUCCCUGCUCAAAGGACUGCUGGGGGGCUUGCUGGCCUCUUUGUGCCGUGGUCUUUGGCUAGCCCGGACCCCUUCCAGCCCAGUCUGUUACUGGGAGGGAGGGAAGCAGUAGCUUUGCGCUGGGAGCAAGGAUUUGGUGGGGCAGCAGAGACGGAGGCUGCUGGCAAAUCCAGGCGUGGCCGGUGCACCCCUGGCUGGGGCGGUCUGACUGUUAGCAGAGAGCGUGUGCCUUGUUGAAUUGGCUAAACGUAGUCCCAUUAGUGACAAAAUACUGAUGAACUUGAUGCGGGGCUGCCUACAGCCCCUCCUGCCUGUGACACGUCCUUUCUGCAUCGCUUGCUCUGCUCCAUUCUUUCGGCUGCUUUUUAAACCACUCAUUCCUCAGCUGCUGAUGUUUUUUAAUUAUGUUUUUUUUUUUUUUCUUUUUCUGCUGUAAUCUGGGGUUAUUGAUCCUAGGGAAGGGCCUGUCUGGAGCUCCAUGAGCUUUGAUCGAAUGUCCUGCAGCAUUCAGGAGCACGCUGGGAAGGGCAAACUGCUUUUGGCCAGGGCUACGCAGCUCGGGCCAUGCCUUGGCAAGGGUGCUGCUGCGUGUUGCGAGCUGGUGUAGUACUUUGGGACUGCAGAUGAUGUUCUCCAGGUCUGCCACAGGGAGCUCAUGCAGAUGCUUGGCGGUAUCUGGCGAACUUGCACGCAACUGAAGCUUUCUCUGAGCCACAGGUGGCAAGGAAGUAAAAGUAAUCUUAUUUUUGUUAUUGGGGGAAGUGUAAUAGCAGUGUAGGAGGAAUCAUGCGAUUUGCCAACACUAAUAUAGUGAAAGAGCUUUUGAUUUUCUUUUAAAGCACAAAGUAUAUUGCUGAGCUAAUGCUACAGGGCUGAAAUAAGUGAAGCAGGCUCUCCCUUGUACUGUAAAAUAGCCCCUCACCUCUGCCUACUGAACCAGUGAGACAGAGCUUUGGUGUGUGUGAAUGAAACAACCGUGCCAAUAAACGAUUUCUCCAA